AGUCAAACCACGCGGCCUGCGCGCUUCGUGCUGACGACGUUGCAGACAUCGCGAGCCUCUGAAACGAUGUUCGGCUGGAACUCUCUGAGCCUCUGGCGAAGUCCCCGCCUGCGCUCGCUGCUGCCCUUGUCGCCGCUGGCACCGCGCGCCACGCGACUCGAGGGCUCGCGAUGGAGCCACGGCGCCGGCGACGUGAGAGCCGUCAUUUUCGACAUGGGAGGAGUGAUCCUGCCGUCGCCGUACCCGCCCAUACAAGAGUGGGAGGCGGCGUGCGGGCUGCCGGGCGGCACGGUGCUGCGCGUGCUGCGUGACGGCGGCGAGGCGAACGCGUGGUGCCGCUACCAGCGUGGGGAGAUGUCGCCCGAGACGUUUGACGAGCUCUUCGGCGCCGACUGCUCCAGAAUCGCGGGGCGUGCGGUGAGCGUGGACGGCUUCGUGGCACACCUGGUGGGGCAGCUCGCCACGCCGUUGCCCGGCGCGCUCGCCGCGCUGAGGGGAGUGCGCGAGCGCGGCGUCAAGACGGCGCUGCUCACCAACAACUUCUACGUCCGCGGCGGCGCCACGUUCCUGCCGCUGGACCGCGCCCUCUUCGACGUGGUGGUGGAGUCGUGCGUGGUCGGGAUGAAGAAGCCGGACCCCAGGAUCUACUCGCUCUGCUUGGAGGAGCUCGGGGUUCCUCCGAGCGGCGCCGUCUUUCUCGACGACCUCGGAGAAAACUUAGCACCGGCUCGGGCCCUGGGCCUUCGCACCAUCAAGGUGGGGGACCUCAAGGUGGCACUGGCGGAGUUGGAGUCCCUGCUGGGCUUCUCGCUGUCCCACGGCGCCCCGGACACCGGCGCCGUGCGCGCCGGCCUGGAGAUUGACGAGCGGGCGCUGGCUGCCUACCUGCGCACGGCACUGGGGCUGCACGCCGAUGCCCUACUCGUCCGUCAAUUCCGGCACGGCCAGUCCAACCCAACGUACUACGUGGAGUGCGGCGACCGCAAGCUCGUCCUGCGCAAGAAGCCGCCGGGAAAGCUGCUGCCAUCGGCGCACGCCGUGGAGAGGGAGUACAGGGUGAUGAAGGCUCUGGGAGCGGCAGGAGUUCCCGUACCACAAGUGCUCUCUCUGUGCGAGGACCCCAGCGUGCUGGGGACGCCCUUCUACCUGAUGGAGUACGCCGAGGGGCGCAUCUUCAAAGACCCGUCGCUGCCGGAUCUGUCUCCAGAGCAGCGCCGCAAGGUCUAUUCCGCCGUCACCUCCGUGCUCAGCCAAAUCCACCGGGUGGAUCCCGGGUCCGUGGGGCUCACCGACUUUGGCAAAACCGGACGAUACGUGGGGCGUCAGGUGCAGACGUGGACAAAGCAAUACCGAGCGAGCGAGACCAAACGGCUGCCCUCCAUGGAGCUGCUCGUGAAUUGGCUGCCGGCUCACCUGCCCCGAGAGGAGGCGACCUGUGUGGUGCAUGGAGACUUCAGGCUGGACAACCUGGUGUUCGACGCGGAGCGGCUGGAGGUGCGGGCUGUGCUCGACUGGGAGCUGUCGACGCUGGGCGACCCGCUCUCUGACCUCUCCUACAGCUGCCUGGCUCACCACCUGCCCCGCAAUUUCCCCAUCCUGCCCGGGCUGAAGGGCUGCGACCUCGUGGCGCUGGGCAUCCCGAGCGACGAGGAGGUGAUGAAGGCGUACUGCGGUGCCUCGGGCCGCCCACUCGUCGAGGACUGGCACUUCUACUUGGCCUUCUCGUUCUUCCGCGUCGCCGCCAUCCUGCAGGGAGUGUACAAGCGGGCGCUCUCAGGUCAGGCGAGCUCAGCGCGUGCCGAGGAGGCUGGUCAGUUGGCGGAGGCGAUGGCUGACGUGGCUUGGGGUUUCGCCACACGGGAAGGAUUCCGCAUCUUCAAGGGGCAGCCCAAGCCGCCCGGCGGUGGUGCGGCAGGGCAAUCCGGCCGGCCCUACAGCACCAGCUGCCGCAGCACGACUGCACCCGGCUACCCGCGGCACGACCGCCGCUUCUUCGCUACUAGCGCGGGCGAGCCGGCCGCGGCGAGCGGGCGUGGUGACGGCGGCAGAGGUGGCGGUGGCGGAAUGCCGGUACGGGAGGCGGAGCUGGCCCCGGCGGCCCGCGCGACGGUGGAGGCCGUGCGAGCGUUUGUGGGCGAGCGUGUGAUCCCCGUGGAGGCCGAGCUGCGGCGGCACGGGGAGUCGGAGCGGCGCUGGGAGCCGCACCCGCUGCUGGAGCAACUCAAGACAGAGGCACGUGGGGCCGGGCUCUGGAACCUGUUCCUGGCGCGGGAGGCCGACCCCGACGCCCGGUACGGAGCCGGCCUCACCAACGUGGAGUACGCCUUCGCCUGCGAGGAGAUGGGUCGCUCGCUGCACGCCUCCGAGGCGUUCAACUGUUCCGCCCCGGACACGGGGAACAUGGAGGUGCUCGUGCGCUACGGCACGGACCAGCAGCGCCGACGCUGGCUGGCGCCGCUGCUCGACGGCAAAAUCCGAUCCUGCUUCGCCAUGACGGAACCUCAGGUAGCCUCCUCUGAUGCCACCAACAUCGAGGCGUCCAUCGUAGAGGCCGGCGACAGCUACGUUCUGAAUGGCCACAAGUGGUGGACGUCUGGUGCUCUGGAUCCUCGCUGCGAGCUCUGCAUCUUCAUGGGGAAGACGGACCCGGCGGCGCCGCGGCACCGGCAGCAGAGCAUGGUGCUGGUGCCCAUGGACACGCCUGGCCUGCGUGUGCUGCGUCCACUCUCCGUCUACGGCUUCCAGGACCCGCCCGGGGGUCACGGCGAGGUGGAGUUUGUGGAGGUGCGCGUGCCGCGCGACAACGUGCUGCUGGGGCCCGGCAGGGGCUUCGAGAUAGCGCAGGGCCGCCUGGGCCCCGGGCGUGUCCACCACUGCAUGCGGCUCAUCGGCUCCGCUGAGCGGGCCCUGCAGCUCAUGACCGACAGGGUGAAGUCGCGCGUCGCGUUUGGGAAGCCGCUGGCCGAGCAGGGAACCGUCAUGGCCGACAUGGCCACGUCGCGCGUGGAGCUGGAGCAGGCGCGGCUGCUCGUGCUGAAGACGGCGCACCUCAUGGACUCGCUCGGCAACAAGGCGGCAGCACCGGAGAUUGCGAUGAUCAAGGUGGUGGUGCCCAGCAUGGCCCAGCAAGUCAUCGACCGCGCCAUCCAGGCGUUUGGCGCUGCCGGCCUGGGCCCCGACCUGCCGCUGGCCGAGUUCCACAUGUGGGCACGGGCGCUGCGGAUCGCCGACGGACCUGACGAGGUUCACCGCGCCACCGUCGCCAAGAUGGAGCUCCGGGCGCCCCACCUGGCCUAACCUCCCUCUCUCUCUCUCUCAUCCUGCACGUCCGUCUUCUUCCUCCGGGCCUCCGGUGCUCAACUCCGCGCACGAAAGCCCUUCCCCUCGUUUCGUGCGCAGUCAAAAACCCCCGAGUGUCCACGGGACGCGCGUGUCCGUGAGAAACCCGUGCGUCCGUGACACACCCGUGUCCGCGCACCGCAACUUUGACUUGCCUGUCCCGGCAGCGUAUUUCACGGUGGUAUAUAUAUAUAUAUAUAUUUCCCUUUUUCCCCCCCAACUCAACCGGGAAUCUGGGCUGCAGGCAGAAUUUUCUGGGCUGAAAGUGCGGCUCCGACUGCUUGGCCUGAAAUUUCCCCACCUCAUUGAAGGGAUCCCUCCCACAUCAGCAGCCGUGCCAAGCGCUGGUGUCCUGCGUGGCAGGGACAUUUAUAAAUUUUCUUAGGUUUUUUCGGUAAAGUCACGUAGGUAAAAAAAUUUAAUUAAUAAAAGUAAAAUAAAAAUAAAAUAAAAAUCACGACGUUUCGGAGGCAACACAAGCUUCGGUCUUCAGGUGGAACCGUCACAGCACGAUAGCUGUAUCAAGUGAAAUUAAUAAAAGUAAAAUAAAAAUAAAAUAAAAAUCACGACGUUUCAGAGGCAACACAAGCUUCCGUCUUCAGGUGGAACCGUCACAGCACGAUAGCUGUAUCAAGUGAGAGAAAUUCCAAGGAAACAGUAUUUGUAUAUAUACUGGUUGAGGGUGGGAGGAGCCAAGGUAGGCCCUGAAUAUUAUUUUUGUGAGGUUCGGUGCGGCCGAAGCACGCUGCUAGGAACGUUUAACGCAACGUUUGACGACUGACGAGUAACGUUUGCUUUUCGCGAGCACCCCAACCUUGACCUCUUCUGACUCGCAAGUGCUUUAUAUAUAUGGGUAAGUUUUAUUGCUCGGAACUCUUUUAUUUGUGGGAGAGGGCUGCCCCAAACUCGCGUGACGAACCCGAAUCAACUCGGCCCAAGUCCUGGACGCGCCAGCUCGAGUUGGCCUUCACCUCGAGAAAAGCGUUUACCUGCUUAACCUCUUGACCUCUGGGGUUGGGUUGGGUGAUAACGGCCCUCAGUAGUCAGUGGUGGAAGUUCCACCACCUUCCCCAUUUGAGAGCCGUUCUCUUUACAGACAACCACCGUGGAUUUCCCGCAAUGUGAUUUGUUUGAAGCGGCGUUCGGAUCUGCUGAUCUGAGCUAAGUAUAUGGUUGUUUUUGUGUGCGCACGCUGCAUUUGGCUCACCCGAGUGUGUGCGCGCGGCGCGUCUUUGCUGCCAGUCAACCCAUGGCCACCUGGGUCUGUCCCCGUGACCUCCUGCCGAUGGCGAUUGUUGUGGUUGGGGAGCGAUCACGCAGUUCGUUAGCGCAUUGCCCGACAAACCGGGCGACACGGCUUCUCGAUUCCCCCUCACCGUAGCCAACAUUGGUAUUUGAACCGGUCCCACGCCUCCCCUAGGUCGAUUCAGCCUUCAGUGAAUACCUGGUGCAGUGCAUAAACAUCAACAUUGGGGAGACAAAGGAGGGCGGACAUGGCGCUGGCCACGCUCUCCCCUCACGUGCCGUGCCGGCCUUAAUACGUGUGCACUUACAGCACUUGCCCCAACAGGCUUUGGUUGUGUGGAUGUGUGUGAGCGGUAGUGUAGCGGUGAGCGCGUUGCGCUAUGAACCCGGCGACCCAAGUUCGAUUUCCGCUCACGGCUAACGCCAGUGAAGAUUAUCUGAACCGGUCCUGGGCCUCCGCCCUAGGUCGACUCAGCCUCGAAUGAGUACCUGGUGCGGUGUGUAAACAUCGCCACUGGGGAGACAAAGGCGGCCUGACGUGGUGCUGGCCCACCCACCCCUUUCGUGUGCCGUUUCGGCCUUCAUAGGUGCUCGCUAACAGCACUUGCCCCAAUUCUAUGAAGGCUACACGGGGGAUCUUUGUGUGUGCGUGUAGGAUUCUGUGUGUACGCUGCGUAGCUUUCCCACGCAUUCUCGGGUUGCACCUCUGCACGGUGUCCGACGUUUCGCACCACGUGCCGGUGGGAGCUACUUUUUGCGGUAACUUUUUCAAUGGGGGGGGGGGGGGGGAGGGUGGUUAGGACCUCCUGCGACCGAUCAAAAUUUGCAAGUCGUUUGGCCCUCGGAUCGGCGUAAAGGAGCAAUCGAACCGGGUCGGGAGACCUCGCAGAGAAAUGUUUUCUCGCCGGUACCUUGGGAACUCUUUUUGUCGCGGGAUAAAUUGAUGGAAUAUUGCAUGAAAUAAAAGGCAUUCAGGGGAAAUGAUUUUUUGUGACCCAAUUAUAGCUCGGGCUGAUGGGGAUGUGUUUAGGAUAAGUAGUUGCAAUGUAUAUGCAAUGGUUUUGAACUGAAAGCAUUAUACGUGUGUGUGUAUGUGUGCGUGGGGAGUGGCAGUGUCGUGAUUAGGGCACUGCGCUAUGAAUAUGGCUACCCGAGUCCGAGUGACGAUUAUAUGAUCUGGUCCUGGGCCGCACCUAGGUUGACUCAGCCUCAAAUGAGUACCUGGUGUGGUGUGUAAACAACCCCAUUAGGGAGACAAAGGCGCUCGGGCAUGGUGCUGGCCACCACCACCCCCUCGUGUACCGUUCCGGCCUUCAUAGGUGCUCGCUAAUAGCACUUGCCCCAGCAAUCCCGUUAAGGCUAUACGGGGGAUCUUUGUCUUUUUUGAGUGCGUGCGUGCGGGCGUGUGCGAGCGCUCUUACCUGGAUUGCCGUCCAUUGUAAUGAGCUGUAAAUAACACAAACGGUAGAGAGCUGGUAGUUAUUUUUUUUGUGUGCGCGCGUAUUGUGCGUGAAAUUAGGAGGUCAUUGUGAUGCAAUUCAUUGUGAUUCGUGAUUGCAAUUCGGUUAUAUUGUGAAGGUCUCGAUGCAAAGAGGUGGUGAUGAAUAUAGUUUGAGUCUAAACUGCGCCUGUGCUUUGUGUUUGGUGGGGGGUGGGGGGCUCUCUGUGAGUUGUGAUGACUGGCAAUUCCAGAUGGACACGUGGUGGCCGGAGGUUGGGGAGUUGGGCAGUCAAAUCGGAACGAGCGGUGACGAUUCCGGCGAUCCCUGAUUUUCGCGCCAUCGGGACAUUCGAAGAAGCGGAGAGUCGGAACGGUGGCUGCUAACCGUGUCGGUGACACCGAGCUCGCAACGUUGGCACCUUGAGUUCCAUUCUGGGUCUCGGCCGCCCGACCAAAAACAUGAUUAAACCGCGGUUAUCCGGUGCAGUGAGUUUGACGGUUUCGGCCCAGUUGCCAGUGACUGCACUGGCAAUGUUAAUAAUGAUGCAACAUGCCGGAAAGCGUUGGCUCGCUCGUUUAACGUGGCAGACGCGUUUCCGAAAAGUGGCGCAUUAAGUAAAAAAAAUGCGUGAAGCGAAAAAAAUUACCCCAUAAAACACAUUCCUGCGGAAGGAGCUGGUAGGAACGUUGGGUUGCUCGGUCAAUGGCCAGGGUCAACGGCGGCGUGGUGUAUUCCGCAAAUAUGGCCGACUGCGAGGGCGGUCACAAGCCGGCGUGAGUAGGUUAAACGUUGAGUUUUAUAAGGGCACCACGGGGUGACCAGCCCCUCCCCACCCAGCCCCUCCCCUCCCCACCCUCCCCACCAAGCCACUCCCCACCCAGCCCCUCCUCACCCUCCCCUCUCCACCCAGCCCCACCCCUCCCAUUUUUUGAUGCACGACGGACGGACACAAUAAUCCCCUGUGGGCUGGUGUAACCAGGAGGUUCCUACCAGUAUGAUGUAACGUAUGUAUGUUGAACUUCUUACGCACAGUACGUAGCCAACCGCACUAAUCGGAGAUGCGAUGUACUACAUGCACACAGUGCGACUGCAGAGGGACAAAUAGCUGAGGGUGCGCUGCCUCGUUAACUGUAUCGUAGCGCAUAUUCCAUCGCGGCACUCAGCCACGCAUCUCAAGAAAGCAGUAAAUCGUCGACCACUCAGAAACCGCGUUAUAAUGGACUCGUUCUGCGUUAUAACGGGCGCGUUCCGCGUUAUAACGGGCGCGUUCCGCGUUAUAACGGGCGCGUUCCGCGUUAUAACGGGCGCGUUCCGCGUUAUAACGGGCGCGUUCCGCGUUAUAACGGGCGCGUUCCGCGUUAUAACGGGCUCGUUCCGCGUUAUAACGGGCGCGUUCCGCGUUAUAACGGGCGCGUUCCGCGUUAUAACGGGCGCGUUCCGCGUUAUAACGGGCGCGUUCCGCGUUAUAACGGGCGCGUUCCGCGUUAUAACGGGUGCGUUGUGCGAAAAGUGCCCCCGAGUAGAAGAACCGCGUUACAGCGGAAACGCGUUAACACCACGCGUUAAGCGAGGACUUUCAACACUCGCAAGUUGGAUUGUACUGUUGGCCCAGUGAGGCUGCGAGUCGCGUGGCUUAUACUCCCUUAAGCAUGCACGCGUGUGUGGGUGAGCGAGCGCGUUAUGUUUUAUUCCAUGAUGCAGGGAUUUUCACCAUGAAACCACACCCGAGUGUCGGUCGCGGCUCACAUCAGCGGGGAGUGAUUGUAUUGCGACUUACACACUCAUGAUAUUUACACGUUGGGUGUCAUCGGUCGAAGGGUGGGAGCUCACCGCGUCUCCUAACCCAGGCACGUCGAGUUAGAUUCCCGGCCACGGCGAAUCAGUAUCAAUGACGAUUGACAUCUAAAACCAUUUCUGGAUCGGAUGUGCCCUCCCCCGCCACCCCACCUACUCUUUACCAACCCGCACUGACCAACGUGGUGAAGUAUGGUCAAAUAAAGCCCCCGCCACCGCCCCCACAUGAUUGACACGGCGUGGGGGGAGCCCUUCAUCCAGCAGUGGAUUGACAAAGGGAUAUUCAGUGAAAUGACUCGAACGCAACAACAAUCACUAAGUUAAACUAAAAACUGAACGAUUUUUUAUUUUACCAGGUUAAGGCCCACUGAGCUAAAUUUCGAUUUAAAGCUUUCGUGACUGCAGGGAUUCAUCUUCUUGGUUCUUUCGGUAAAGUCGCGUAGAAGGUAAAUAAUAAAAUAAU